AUGCAAAGCUCUCGUGCGAAGACGAAUUUCUGGUGCUUGGUCCGGCUGUGGAGGGGAAGAACUGUUGGGCGAUUUUCUUUCUCGGCACUCUGCAUGGGAACGGCUGCGGCGCAAAUCUCGUCUACAGGCGAAGGCUGUUCCCGUUGCUUUCCCAGACAGAGACGGGUCUUGCAAGCUCAACGCAAUCGAAAUGGGCAACUUGAGGGCAUUGCCAUCAAAGCCGUUCUUGCAGAUGUCGGAGUCAUGGAGAAGGCCUACGAUCAGGGCUGCCCAGUUGCUGCUCCUUCGUUAAACUGUGCUGAGGCCGUAGAAAGUUGCAACAUCCUGGGAUGGUUCCACAUCCUCGGUAAUGUUGGUACUCCGGUAGCAUUGGACAUGGCCCGGGCGAGGCGGCGAGAUUUGGUCGAAGCCUUGCGCCAACUGCACCUGAACUUCGUCCAUGGACAGUUUAGUAGCAACUACCCAAUAAUUAGUAGGUGGAACCCAUAA